AUGGUAUUGAUGGUGUCAUUGAUAUUUGGUGGUUGUUGUGCAAAUGUAGGUACUCCAAGUGUGAUGGAACCUGCUGUGGUUGACCUUGUUAUCCUAGGCCCCCUGAUCACCUUUGCGCAGUUUAUUGUGACUGCUGUAUUUACUUUGCCAAAUUUCGUCUCGCUGUCAUGUGGGCCCCGGUCAUUAUUCCUCAGUCCACGUGUCAUCCCAUUAAGAUCAUGGUUGGUAUACACGGCGUUCUUCGUGACAGUCAACCUUUUAAACAAUUGGGCUUUCGCAUAUAGCAUAUCGGUCCCCCUACACAUAAUAUUGAGAUCAGGCGGCCCUGUUGCUUCCCUUAUCGUCGGAUACUCGUUCAAUGGAAAGAAGUAUUCUUAUGGUCAGAUUUUGGCAGUAGCGGUGCUUACUCUUGGCGUUGUUACAGCAGCAUUGGCAGAUGCUCAAGCUAAAGGCGAACCAUUAGACAUUGGGCAUGGUGGAGCAGACCUUGGCAUAACUGGUACCGCUACUGGCUUCGCAAUUCUUGCUUCUGCAAUGAUUCUUUCAGCUUUUCAGGGCAUAUACGCAGAUCGGCUCUAUGAGACUUAUGGCCGAAGCCACUGGAAGGAAGCGCUUUUCUAUUCUCAUGUACUCUCGAUACCACUUUUCCUCCCAACCUAUCCGCGGCUUCUGGAUCAAUGGCGAGCCAUGCUCUCCUCUCCUCCCUUGCAAUAUCGGCUUCUGGAGACAUCCAUCAGUGUGGCUUAUCUUUUUCUGAAUGCGCUGACCCAAUAUCUAUGCAUUCGUGGAGUUCAUCUCCUCUCCGCCCAGACGUCUUCGCUGACAGUGACGGUGGUUUUGAAUGUUCGCAAACUUGUUUCGCUCCUGUUAUCUAUCUACCUAUUUGGAAAUCAGCUUUCGCCGGGUGUUGUUAUUGGGGCUAUCUGCGUCUUCGCAGGAGGUGGACUCUAUGGUUUGGAGGGUGCCCGGCUGAGAAAACCGAUUAAUAAGAAGGAUUAA